GCGCCCACCGAGGCUUUCUUUGCCUCAAGAAUCCCUCGUACUACCCAUACGCUGGCGCGAAGGAGAGUGAGUAAGUUUGGCCAAAAGAGGCCACCGUUGGGGGCGGGGUUACGCAGCCGCGUUGUGGCCCACGCAGUUCACGUGCCGGCAACAUCUGCGGAUGUUCUUCCUGGCGCUAACAUGGCUCAGCCUCGGCCUCCGAACCUCAAUAACGAGGUUGUGAAGAUGAGAAAAGACGUGAAGAGAAUCCGAGUUUUGGUUAUCCGAAAACUUGUCAGGAGUGUUUCCAGACUGAAGUCAAAAAAGGGUACUGAAGAUGCGCUGUCCAAAAACCAAAGACGGGCACAAAGAUUGCUUGAAGAAAUUCAUGCCAUGAAGGAAUUGAAACCUGAUGUCAUAACUAAAUCUGCUCUUGGUGAUGAUAUCAACUUUGAAAAAAUCUGCAAAAAGCCUGAUUCUACUGCAACUGAAAGAGCAAUUGCCAGAUUAGCAGUGCACCCUCUUCUGAAGAAAAAAAUAGAUGUGCUGAAAGCUGCUGUCAAAGCCUUUAAGGAUGCAAGACAAAAUGUUACUGAAGUAAUAUCAUCAAAGAACACUUCAGAAGAAACUCAUUCCAAGGACACUUUGUGUUCAAAUGAUGAUGCCAGAAAGUUACAACAUGAAGGAACCAUUAUCAAUGAGCAAAAAGCAAAAGAAACCAAAAUAUUGACAAAGAAGCCAAUAAAUAAUGCAAAAGAAAAAAUAGCCAAAUUGGGGCAUGGACCAAAAGCAGUAGACAUUCCAAAUUCUCCAUCAAAGCCUGCUGAAAAGGAUUCUAUCAUUUCCUCUGAACUACAGGAAACACCUGCUGAACCAAAAAUGAAAACAUUAAGUAAAAUCAAAGAAAAGAAAGAGCCCCAAAACUCCUUUGGUGAUAGCAGUGAUGGAGAAGAAUUACAUGAAGAAGAGAAAGAGUAUUUUGAUGACAGCACAGAAGAAAGGUUUUACAAACAGUCUUCCAUGUCUGAGGAUAGUGAUAGUGGUGAUGACUUCUUCAUUGGGAAAGUCAAACGGACAAGAAAGAAGGACAGUAGUUGCCCUUCUUUAGUUAAGGAACAGAAAGCCCCCCCCAAAUUGUUACCUGAGGAAGAUACUCUUGAAAGCCAUCACGAUUUUAGAAAUGAUAAAAUCAUGCCAAAAACAGAAGUUACGAAGUUUGAAUCUGUGUUUUUCCAUUCUUUAUCUGGAUCUAAAAGUUCUAGAAGAUCUUGCAGGGAACAGGUUCCGAAAAGCAAAGCCCCAGGUUUUCAGCAAAAUGAAUCUCAAGUCAAGAAUCACCUUGAUAAGAGUGCUCAAAGAAGAUUUGAAAAUACAAAACAGAGCUCACAGCUGCCUCUUCAUCCUUCAUGGGAAGCAAGCAGAAGGCGAAAAGAACAGCAAUCUAAAAUUGCUGUGUUUCAGGGAAAAAAGAUUACCUUUGAUGAUUGAUUAGAACCUCUUUUCAUGAACUUUUUCAUCUAAAAAUGAUUUUUCUUUUUACCAGUCUAUUACUUAAACUUGUAUUUGAACAAUUCUCUUUGGAGGGAUUAUAGAAUAAAUUAAGUUUUGUUUUGUUUUUUUUCUUUCUUUUUAGUGUGUCAAAGUUAUAUUUAUAUAAACCUCCCAUAAAGCAGGUACAUCCAUAAAUUGAUUUUUUUGAUAUGCCCCAGACUAUUCUCUCUAUAAAAAAUGUUGAGAUUAUAGUUAUCUAAGAUUUUCUUAUUUGUGAUUAUCAUAAAGUGUAUUUCACUGGAUAACCUGUAUUUCUUUGCCUUGAAAAUAAAUAUUGAGAUGUUUUAAGAAUAAUAAUGGACAAGUAUGAGGAAUUGUAGCUAUUUAAAAUAGAUCAGUUUUGCUAAAUAUUUUUCUUUUUAGCAAAACUGACAUAGUAACUUUUAUUAUGAGUAUAUAGAAAAUAAAUUAUACAAAAAUAUUUUUAUUAUAGUGUUACUUAGUUGUGAUAAUAUACUUUUUUGGUAAUUCUAAAUAGUUUCCCAAGACAACUGUGGAUUUCUGAAUUAGAUUGCAAUUACUUAGGUAGUGUACAUGUAACAUCACAACCAAAAAUCGAUUUUCCAUUUCAUUGCAUAUAAAUAUUUCCAUUUAAUCCAGAAUGUGUAACAGCGAAUUAUUUGACCAGGUGUCUCACAGAAACAGUUUUUGAGGAAUCAAAACUUGGAGCUUAUAUGAAAAAAUUCUAAAGGAGGUAUGACUGAAAGAACACCUUCACUGAUAGCUCUGCUCCCCUAGCAUAGAAGUUAUGAGCUGACUUGCUCAAGCAGGAACUGCUUUGUAUAUCAUAAUACAGUUACCAAAAGGAAAACAUGAUUUUAAAAAAUUCUUUAAAUGUUUCAAUUUUUGCUACUCUGGGUGAAUUGAAAGCUGAGUAAUGUUAGCUAAAUCCCUGUUUUCUAUACAUUGAUGAUGUUAAUGAAGGAAUCUCUGGUUAGCAGAACUCCACAAGCUCUGAAGAGUCAUUUCUGUCCUUUUCAAGAGCUAAGAAUUUAGAUAUCUAGAAUAAUGGAAUUCAAGAGUUAUGCAGUAAAAAAUUUGUUGAGUGUAAGGUUUUUUGUACUUUAAAAUUGUUAUUCUGCAGUUUCGCUUAAGAAAAAUUGGAAUUUUAGUUAUGAAGUAUUAUUACAGGAAAAGUGAAAGAAAAAUAUCUCUAUGCCUACUUAGGUUUAGCCAAACUGCAAGGUUGAGGGCACUGUCUUCCAUACUGUCAAGAGUACCCACGACUUCUUAACCCCAACUGCAAGGAGGUACAGCCAGCCAUAACAUUAGAGGGAAGAAUCCACAUGAGCACACUCUGACUUCUACACCAACUGCAGAUUCAAAGGAGACCAGUGUUUGAGAAUAAAGCCUUCUCUCGGGCUUCUUGUUGAUUCGUGAGAGAGAGAAUCCCAGAGGAACCCCUGCAGCUAAAUUGUGAAAUCCUGUACAUGAAGAGAGAAAAGGAGAAUAU